GAGCGCUCCGAUGGCGGUGAGCCGGGCGCUCGCUGUACGCUUGGCCUACGCGGCCGUCGGAACCGUCAUGGGCUUCUCGGCCUUCUUCACCUGGAGCCUGGCGCCCGCUUUCCGCCAGCCCGCUACGGCCGCGGCCGGGGGGCUCUCGGCAGGUGUUCUGGCGCUCUGGGCCCUAAUCACGCAUGUGAUGUAUGUGCAGGAUUACUGGAGGACCUGGUUAAAAGGGCUGAGGUUCUUCCUCUUCAUCGGGAUCCUCUUCUCAGCUCUCUCCGUGGUGGGAUUCUGCACAUUCCUCGUCCUGGCCAUCACUCAGCAUCAGUCCCUGACUGAUCCCAGAAGCUACUACCUGUCGUGUGUCUGGAGCUUCAUCUCCUUGAAAUGGGCCUUCCUGCUCAGCCUCUACGCCUACCGGUACAGGAAUGAGUUUGCAGACAUCAGUAUCCUCAGUGACUUCUGAUGCUGGGACUUUGCUCCCGUCUGAAGGUGCUGGAUGUCUGAGCUGCCCCCCAGUGGUACGUGCAAGAAGCAAGCAGGAGGCAGAGGAGGAAGCCACCCAGCGCUGCUUGGUUUGUCUGUCUGCAGGAGGGGUUUUUCCUAAUCGCUUUUACUCAACCAUUUGAAGUUUGGCUAACGCUGUCGAUCUGUUCCUUCUGUCACUUUCCUGUGUCUGGCAGUGAGCUUAAAAGCUCCAUCUGCUCACAGACAGCAGGCCUGCAUCCAAGCCCUCAUUGCCCUGAGGUCCCCGGGGUUCACGUGGGUCAGCAGCCCCCAGGGUUGGGGGGCUGUGGGUUGAAGCCUUGAGGAUGCAGCCCCCGAGGGAGGGAGCCGCCGGCUCGCUCCAGGUGUGCGUAGCAAAGAGCCCUGCUGCUUGCAAGCCAGCUCCUUGCACUGCUCUGCCCCAUGGACAGAAAGGGAAGGGAGCCCCUGGAGACCCCCAGCACCCCACAUCUUCCAGGAUUUUCUGCAGCGCGGUACAGCUGACCCAGCUGAGAUCAAGGAACACCUUUGGGUCAGCGUGCGCAGCAGAGCAGCUCUGCCAGGAGGCCGGCUGGGAUUCACUAAAGCCAGACAUCACUAAAGCCAGACAUCCCUAAAGCCAGGCCAAGUCCACGUGUGUGUGGAUCACACUUAGGAGCUCGAAUGCUCAGGCUUUUAGAUGCUAAACCCUCCCUUCCUGCUGGCGUGGGGCUGCCAGCAGUGGCAGGAGGCGCAGUGGCCAUCCCUGCUGUGCCACCCGCUGUCGAGUCUGCAAGUGCUUUCACAUAGGCUGUCCUAACCCAUCUCACACCUUUCUCCGAUGGGUUUUGCUGCCUGGGUGCUGUUCCCAGCUCUGGAAGCUGCCGAUGGUCCCUUCCCAUCACAGUGAAAUCACAGCAGGGGCAACGUAUCCAAAACUCCCAUCAGUUUUUCCCCUCCCCCCGGAGGUUUUUAAACUUUAUUUUUGUGAUUUGCCCACAGACAGCUGACUGAACCUAACCCCCCGUUUUCUCUCUGACAUCUUUUAGCUCCGGACUUUAUACUCCUUGUCUCAGCUUUUUAAAAGAUGGUGUAUGUAAAUAUAUAAUAUAUUUUUACAUUGUUUGUGCUUUCGGUUGCACGCUUGGUGUAAAACCUGGCCCUGCAGCAGGAUGGUAAACUCACAGCAGAGCUCAUUUGUGUGUAUCCCAGCAUUUCCUUGUACUAAACCACACUGUAACUCGUAUGUGAUGCCACAAUAAGAGCGGAAAUACAGCCUCUUUCUCACCAAA